AUGAGACGUAGCAAAUCAACGGUCUUAACAUUCGCUGAGAAAUGCAAGAAUAUAUUGGCAUCAAACUGGCAAGGUUCCCUUAAUACUAUCAAAGCAGAUGCCAAAGGAAGCAAGGGGGAUAUCCAUACAUCUAAGGUUAAGUACAUAGUUAGAAGGGGACAGCCAUACCUUUGGGUGCCAGAAAACGAUUUGCAUAAUGUGAACACAAUCAUUGAUGAGCGUGGUUCAUUGGCUAUGACCAGCCCCUUUCCUGGUCCACUAGGAGUCUUAUUCAAAUCAUUGAAAAAGUUACCAACACGGAUUGCUUUAUCUGGGGAAGUUCUUCCUCUUAAAGAAGAUAAGGCUAAGUCUCUUGGAAAAAAACUUCAGGAAGUCAUACUAUCUGAGCAAAAAGCAAUCAAAGAGUUCACUUACACUGUUUCUGGAGUACUAAGUUCCAGUGUGAGCAGUACAUCAAGAAGUGAUAGUCUUCAGGGUCUAUUGGGAGACAAUGAAAGAUACACUGUAUAUAGGUUUCAAAUAAGCUCCAAUCAGGUUCUAGAACCUAGGUUGACUCCUUCACCUAUCCUGAUUCCUGGAUGGUUGUCCUUAUCCUGCACAUUUAUUGAUGGGCUUGGAAGCACUUUCGAUGUGGGUAUUGAAGAUUUGGAAACAUCCAAAGCUGAUCCAUUAGCACCAUUUUCAGCAAAGAUUAUUGAUGGGAUCAACCAAAGUGAGGCUAGACGAACAGCUCUCAUGCUUUUUUGUUUUGUUUACAAGGAUGCUAAUGCCAAGGAUGCAUAUAUAACGUCCAUUGAUCGCAAGGGUUUUGAUGUUCUGGCGAAAGUCACCAGUCCAGCUUUGAAGGAUGGCAUUGGUGAUCAACAGUGGAAACAAUUCAGGUUCAUGUUCAAGGAAGAGGCAAACGAUAUUGAAAUGUUCUGUAGUCAACUAGUCGAAAUGGAGGAGGAGGUCAUAAAUAAGGUUUCAACCUCUAGUGGGCUAAAAUAG